UCCUCCUGAGUCCUGCAUGCAGGGAGUGCAACCAGCUCACUUUGAACUAUCUGGAUAGGGUAAAGAUGCUUUUCUCACCUACCUGCAGUCUCAUGCUUCUGCUUCUUCUGAAUGUUGUAGAUUCUGGACGGAUUCUGUUGAAGAUCAGUCAGCGUUUCCGUGAUCUCCAAGCUCAGAAAAACAAAGAGUUUUUCCUGACACUCCUUGCUAGCGGACAUCAGCCUCUUAAACACGUGAAGGAGGGCCGUAUUUACCAGCCGCUGGACCACUUCAACCGACAAAAUGUCAAAACAUUUCCUCAGAGAUUUAUCGUGAAUGAGAUGUACUGGCAGCGUCCCGAUGGACCUGUGUUUCUCUUCGUUGGUGGAGAAGGUCCCAUUUAUGACUUUGAUGUUCUUGCAGGUCAUCAUGUUGACAUGGCCAAAGAGCACAGAGCCCUGCUACUGGCUGUGGAGCACCGUUUCUAUGGUGACAGCAUCAAUCCCGAUGGCCUAAAAACAGAGAACCUGGCAGACCUGAGCAGCCAGCAGACGCUUGCUGACUUGGCAGUUGUUCAUCAGUACAUCAGCCAGAGCUUCAAUCUGAGCUGCAGGAACACCUGGAUCAGCUUCGGUGGCUCAUACUCUGGAUCUCUAUCUGCCUGGUUUAGAGGAAAGUUUCCGAGUCUGGUGUAUGGAGCUGUGGCUUCCUCUGCUCCAGUGAAGGCGAAGCUGGAUUUUUCUGAGUAUAACAGUGUUGUCGGCUUGAGUCUGAUGAACGAGGCCGUAGGUGGCUCAGAGAAGUGUCUGGCUAAAGUUCGGGAGGCGUUCGUUCUUGUCGAAGCAGCUCUGAUAGAUGGAAAUUUCACCAAGGUGGCUGAGGACUUUGCCUGCUGUCAGACUCCCAGAAAUCCUGAUGAUCAGAGCGAGCUGAUGCAAAACCUGGCAGACAUCAUAAUGGGAACCGUGCAGUACAAUGAAGAGGGAGUGCUCAUGUCUAUAAAGGAGCUCUGUGGAGUUAUGACCGAUGAAAGCGAGGAGAAGGAGGCAGAGAUGGAGGCCUACAACCACCUUGUGAAACUCUCACAGAUGUACCGCUCCACCUCUCAGGAACAGUGUUUGGACAUAUCCCAUGAGAAAACAGUGAAGGAUCUAAUGGACACGUCUCUCAAGACACGUAGAAGAGCAGAGAGACAGUGGACUUACCAGACCUGCACUGAGUUUGGCUUCUAUCAAACCUGUGAGGACACAGCCUGUCCAUUCUCUGGGAUGUUAACCCUACAGGCUCAGACUAAGCUCUGUGCCAGGGUGUUUGGGAUUUCCCAGCAUUCUUUGCCUGCACGCAUCGCCUUCACAAAUAGUUACUACGGAGGGGACAACCCGCACACACACAGGGUCCUCUAUGUUAAUGGUGGAGUGGACCCAUGGAAGGAGCUGUCAGUGGUUCAGGACAGCAGUGAAGAGGCUCAGACAGUUUUCAUUAAGGACACUGCACACUGUGCCGACAUGUCCAGAGAAAGACUAACAGACCACCACUCACUCAGGAAGGCGAGGCAGGAAAUAGAGAACCACGUUGCCCGCUGGCUGAGGACAGCAGCUCAGGAGAAGAUGAACAACAGAGAGUUACUGUGAUCAGAUCACAUUACAGCCAGAUUAUCUCUUAUCAUUGUUCCUAGAAACAGAUAAAGAACUGUUAAAAAUUUGGGCUGACUGCUCUGCUGUGCCCUACUUCAGUCCUGUCCUCCUCAUCUUCCAUUUCCUCCUGUUGUCCCCAUAUUUUCCUAUUGUAUCCAUAACAUUCUCAGCUCUGCAGUUAACCUGGAGCUUGUGUUAGUUGGAUGCUGCUGGUAGCCUUUUGCGCUUUUAAAAAUUCAUCUUGUGUGGUGUUUAAUUUUUACAAUUUUGACUUGCUGUUGUUACAUUAUCGUAACACUAGGGUGUGAUGUUACAACUUUGUAAGGAAACUUGCUUCUCAAUAACACCCGAUAUUAAAGUUUGGAGCCGUUAAUCUGCAGUUUCUGAUUAAAUGCAGUAAACUUGUCAAGAUGGA